UAAAGCAAAGUAAAGUGAGGAACCUCCCAAAGCCGUAUCUCACUCAAUUCGCUGCUGGACUAGAGCCGUUGAAACAGUGAGCAGUGACUCGUUAGAGACCCAAAACUUGAGCCUUAGACAAGCUUCCCAAAGCUUGAGCCUCUGACACGCUUCACAAGUCGUUCAGAAGAAAUAUAGAUUUCUUCGACAGGUGCCACUCACUAAAGUCACUGCGAGCUCUCACACCUUUGAAGCUCGUCUCUCUGCCGAGCUGAAGUAGUUCAACGCCUUCGAAGUGCCAAUCUCUUAGUAUUAUCCACCACGUUUAACUGUGCCCCAAUUAUUUUUUGGGGGCAAUUUGAUCUCUACCUGCUCUUAAUUUUUUUGUCUUAAGAUCACGCAGUUUGUGCGUCCCUCGUCCUCUGAUCUUCCUUCUCUGUGAGUAUCUCACCCAUUAAAAGCACGUCUUCUUCACAGACCAAGUUGUCUCACCAAAUCUAUCUGGGUCAAAACUUUACUCUGCUUCGUUCGAGUGGGCGAGGAAGGGGAAAAAGAAACAGAGAGUUCUGGAAAAACUAAGAAUGGAGAUGGGUCUUUUUCCUCUGAUCUUCUUCUGCGUCAUAGCUUUCUCCAGUGCAGAGCUCUCGAGCACGAUUGGCAUAAACUAUGGGCUUCUGGGCGACAAUCUUCCUUCCCCAUCUCGAUCCAUGAAGCUUAUCAAGAACCUAAAAGCACGUACCGUUAAGCUCUACGAGCCAGAACCUGAAAUCCUCAAAGCCCUUGGUAAGACAGAUUUUGAAGUGGCUGUCAUGGUUCCGAACCAAUUAAUCUCUAACAUCUCGUCAAACCAGUCCCUCGCAAACGAAUGGGUCAAAACCAAUCUUCUCCCCUUCUAUCCCAAAGCCAAGAUUCGAACCCUCUUCGUUGGCAACGAAAUUUUCAGUGCCUACGGUGACCAAGACAAGAAAACCUGGUUCGAUCUCGUCCCAGCGAUGCGACGACUCAGAUUUUCCCUCAAAACCCACAACCUCCGAAAGGUCAAAGUCGGAACCACAUGUGCCAUGGACGUUCUGCAAUCAUCCUUCCCACCCUCCAACGGAACUUUUCGAUCCGACAUAGCUGUACAGGUGAUGAAACCUCUGCUACAGUUCUUGAACAAGACCAAAUCUUUCUUCUUCAUCGACUCCUAUCCCUUCUUCGUCUGGUCCGAGAAUUACCCCAAAAUAAGCCUCGAUUACGCCCUCUUUUGCGGUGGUAGCAAAUACACAGACCCAGUAAGCGGCUUAACCUACACUAACCUGCUCGAUCAAAUGCUUGACUCAGUGAUCUUCGCCAUGUCCAACCUUGGUUUCAAAGACGUAAGGUUAGCAAUCUCUGAAACUGGUUGGCCCAACGCCGGCGACAUAGACCAGUUCGGAGCGAAUUCCUACAAUGCAGCUAUAUAUAACCGGAAUCUCGUCCGGAGAAUGACGGCCAAACCGGCAGUGGGAACACCGGCUCGACCAGGUGUGGUCAUCCCAACCACCAUCUUCGCCUUAUAUAAUGAGAACCAGAAGACUGGACCGGGAACGGAACGGCACUGGGGGCUAUAUUAUCCGAACGGAACAGCGGUUUAUGAGGUGGACCUGACCGGAGAAACACCGGAAUAUGAAUACAAGUCGGUGCCGCCACCGAGGAAUAACAAGCCGUAUAGGGGAAAGAUAUGGUGUGUGGUGGCGAAGGGAGCGAAUGUUACGGCGUUGGGAGGAGCAGUGAAGUAUGCUUGCAGUCAGGGAAAUGGGACCUGCGAUGCGAUCAAACCGACCGGAGACUGUUACGAACCGGUAUCGUUAGUUGCACAUGCUAAAUACGCUUUUGAUUCUUAUUGGGUUCAGUUCAGGAGCUCCGGUGGGACUUGCUACUUCAAUGGAUUAGCAUCUCAAACGACUAAGGAUCCAAGUCAUGGAUCGUGCAAGUACCCCAGUGUGACACUUUCUAUAUGAUGUUCAAGAGGAGGGCUCUUUUAUUUUUUACUAGGUGUCGGAUACGGUAUCGGUCUUGGAUCCAAUACCGAUCCGUAUCAGUCCCUGUUUGACAGAUUUGCCCUUGGUUUCAUCAAAAGUCUCUUUUUGUUACCAUUUCACCCUUGGUCCUUACCAAUCCACUGAUAAGGGAUUGGUUAAGAAUCAGUAUCGGCCCCUGCCGAUACCGAUCCGAUACUGAUUCCUUGGUCCAUGGUCUGAUCUCCACAUUAUCGAUUUUGUUAUAGAAUUAAAGUCUAUUAUGAGUCUUAUGACUAUGUUUAGCAAAGGGAGACAGGAUCUUUUCUUGCCCUUUAAUCAAUGUAUCAUUUUCAUUGGACAAUACGAAAGGCAUGGAAAAGUCUCUUCUUGGUUCUUUAUUUUAAAUAAUUAAUAAUUAACUUUCAUUUAUUUUGUUAA